GUUAUCCCAAACAGCCCGUAUAGUGCUUUCUCCUGUAUUCACCAUGCUGCUCCCUCAUUGAAGCGAGUGGGAAGAGGAGGGACAAGUCGUGUACUCGGGGCUUUACAGGAGGGGGACGCUCGUUGGUCAGUGAAGGAAUCAGUGUAACUAGUCAGGCAGAGCUGUCAUACAGAGGCACAAGCACUGGGAUUACAGAGGCACAAGGAGCCGGUUCCUGUGGGAUCAGUGGAUAUUUGGGGAUAUACAUGUGUAUAGGAGCUGCCACAGCACUUUGUGCCCCCCUUUCUCCUGUGAAAUGUCCCGUUCGCUCUCGCUCCUCCUACUGCUCCUGAAACUCGUGGCCAUGACACCCUCCCAGCGCCCUCCGAGUUGCCAUGAAGUGCGAACGGCUUUCCAGCUGCAGCAGGUCGGAAGGGGACGCCUGGUACCCGAAGUACCUGUGGAGGAGUCUGACCUGGAGAUUUGUCAGCACAAAGCCCCUACCUGCUGUACCAGAAAGAUGGAGGAGAGCUACCAGGCUGCUGUGAGAAGAGAGAUUGCCCAUAACAUCCAAGCACUGAACUUUGAAAUCAAAUUCAUGAUUGUCUCACACAAGUCUAAUUUCAAAGAGGGCUUCACCCAUUUGAUUGAUCUUGCCGUAAACCACACACUCUCCCUGUUUGAUAGCACCUUCUGGCUUUUGGAGCAAGAAGCCGUGGAUCCAGUGAGGGAACUGUUCACUGACAUCUCUCUGUAUGUACUUGGAGAAGAGAUACCUGUUGAUGCUGCUGUCUCACGUUUUUUUGAUGCCCUUUUUCCUCUGGUAUACAAGCAUCUUAUAAAUCCAAGGAUGGCACCCCUUCCGAAAGAACACUUGGAGUGUCUGCGCCUGACACGGCAGGAUAUUAAUCCCUUUGGGCCUUACUCUCAGACAAUGGUGACGGGGCUUUCUAAGUCACUCUGGGCUAGCAGGAUGAUGAAUCAGGCGCUAAACAUGGUGGAACAUGUCAUUAACGGUACCGAACAGACAGUCAUGACACGGGAGUGCACACGGGCAUUGGUGAAAAUGCAGUACUGCCCUCACUGCCAAGGUCUUACUCUUAUUCGGCCCUGUGUUGGCUACUGUCUCAAUGUUAUGAGAGGAUGCCUUGCUACUCUGGCAGAAUUGGAUGCUCCUUGGAGGGACUUUAUCUCUUUACUGGAGCAUCUUGCAAGGCAGUUGUCUGGGUCAUAUGACUUAGAGUUGUCACUUUUGGGGAUCAGGGAAGUGGUGAAAGAAUCCAUCCAGUAUGCAGAGAUGCAUGGAUCCAACAUUUCAUCUGUGGUAGAGAAGGUCUGUGGGCCACUACAGGAGAGUGCCAAAUCUUCCCCAGAUGUCAUUGUACAGAUGAAUAUGGAAGAUAAACUACCCCAAGUAACAAAGUUUCCAGCUUCUGGUCAUCUGAGAAGCUCUCUGCCUUUGAAAGCUGCGAAGAACGACCGACCUCGCAAUAUGAAGAGAGUCUCUCGUGAAUUUAUCAAGUAUAUGGAAAAUUCUAAAGCAUUUUAUGCCACGUUAGCAGAGCGGUUGUGCAGCGGCGAUCUGGCAGUGAGAGAUGGAUCCACUUGCUGGGAUGGAGAAGAUGUGGUAGAAAGUUAUGCAAAUGUAGUCGUCUCCAAUGAGUUCAAAGCUCAAGCAAAAAACCCUGAAGUGAAGGUCAGAGGGCACAAUGUUCUUAUCGCCAAUGUCAUCAACAGGCUGACUCAUUUUAUCCAGACCGGUUCCCAAAAGCAGAUUAAGCCUGACAAGAAUCGGAUCAGGGAAGGGAGUGGAGGAAAUGAAAAACUGGAAGACGCAGAUCCCAGUGGUGACUGUGAUGAUGAAGAUGGAUGCCAAGGUUCUGGGGAUUCUUCUACGCACACAGGCACAAAACUAAUACCUGAAGUCUCACGGAAAGGCAAUGCCACGGUGCUUGUUCUCCUUCCCCAUCCAGGUUCCACCAAGACAUCCCAUAAACAAAAGAACCUACCGGACACUGGUAGCAGGUUAACAUUUUCUUCAACUCUACCUUUGGCUGCCUUAUUAUUCAUAUGUCAGUAUAUCUAAUGGCUUUCUAAUGCUGCAGCUACCUUUUAAGAAUGUGUUCAUAAUCCUUUGAAGCCUUAUUGAAGAAACAAAGGGCUGAAACAAAUAGAUGAAUCUGGUGGUACUUGACUUUGGGUCUCUGUCGCCUUAAACUGAGAUGGAAGAACUUGCAAAGAAGAUAAACGUGCUGGCAGCAGUAUGGACUGUAGUUGUCCACAUUCAAUUUGUAAUAUGCAAGUGAAACUUGGGACAGUUAUGGUGGGAAUAGACGUGUUCAAACCAGCACCUCGUCUUCUGAACCAGCAGGCCCACAGAUACAUGUCUUUGCACUUUAGAAGCCACUAAACCAAGCUGUGCUUCAUAUAAUUCAAUACCUCUCAACAUCUAGUAAAAUUUCAAACAGAUGAUUGUCAACUUUUUAUCUUUCACCAGAAAUUUGUAUACUUCUCAAAGUAUUUUUUUUAUCCUGGGCUCGUUAGAUAUCUCAGUUCUUGGAAAGCCGCUGAAAGGUUAGCCUGGUUGUGAGGAAGCAAGAAAGGUCUACAGUAUUGGUUCAAUAACGAGAAAGGAACUGGUAGUAGAUGACGCUGGUUUGCCAUUAACCAAAGACAACUGGGAGACAAAACCUUCUUAAACUGAGGGUUACAUUGAAAGCUAAACGUGCAGCCUUCAGAAGAUGGAAACCGGCUGAUGAAAGUGGAACGUGGGCUUCGCAACUGCUAGAGGGUCAUGGUUAAAUGUCCCUCUUGUGACUGUAACUUAAAGGGAUAGCAGUCAGAUUAAUAUAAGGUGUUAAGCCAGUUUUAACAAGAAGCAGACUUGUGAUGGAGUUCAACACUUCCUUCAUCAGGACAAAGGGAGACUUUUUCCCCUAAAGGUACUAAACUCCAUCACAAGCCAGUCCAUGGCUUGAUAUAAUUGGCUAAAUGCCUUGUGAGUGUCGUUCCUGUGGUUACUCAAGAUACUGCUAGAUGGUGAUGCCUAGCCAGACAUCCAAGAAGCAGGAGCACCUCUAAACUUUUGUAUAAGCAGAGUACUUUUCUUCUAUAGGCAAUAACUAAAAACCUAAAAUAAAAAUUGAUCCAUUAUAAAAAUAUUUUUUGUAAUAUUGCCAAACCAAUACGUACAUAUACAUUUUUUCCAAACCUGGGGACUAAUUUUAUGAAGUCAAUCUUGUUAUCUUUAUUAUUUGAAGGCCAAUUGCCAGCUUUUUUCUUCUCAAGAUUGGGUUUGGUGACAAAAAAAAAUCCCUUUAUAUUGAAUGGGUAAGGCACACAUUGGUUUCAAUGGGAAGCCUCUGAUUUUUUUAUUUUGUUGACAUAAAAUUGUAAUUAAAAAGUGGAAAAUUAAAAAUGACCUAUGUGCCAUUUACCCUUUAGUUUUAGGGCAGGGACACACAAAGCGACUGGGGGAGAUUAGUCACCCAUCUCCCCAUACUGCCUCCCCGCAGGCUAGAAUCAAAAUCUCCGGCGUGUUGGCACUUGAAAUGCUUCUUUUCUGAAGUAGUCCGAAGUUGCCUCACGAGGAAACUUCGGGCGACUUCAGAAAACUAAGCACACAGCCGGCGAUUCACAUUCUAGCCGGUGGGGAGGCAGUUAGGGGAAAUUAGUCGCCUGAAGAAGAAGAUGCGAUUAACUAAUCUCCCCCAGUAGCUUUGUAUGUUCCUGCCCUUACGGCUGUGCCCUUCUUCAGUCUGACAGCAGGGUGUCUGAUGCACACAGAUAAAUGACUUGGCCCAUAAUAAAAAAAAUUCACAGAUAUAUCCAGUUUAAUUCAAACGAUCACACAGAUAUCUGUGGGACUUAGUCUUUUAUAGAUAAAACAGUUUUUAUUUUAGGUUUAGGCCCAGCACGACAUAUGUGAAGAGGAAAAACAUCAUCAAUAAAACCGCUAAUGCAGCAUUACUAGUAAAAUGAUUUUUAUUUUUUACGAUGCUUUAUGGGAGUAGGUUCUAACACUACAUUAGUGCAAUUAGAUCUUUAUUUGUUGCCUGCAAGUGGUAGGACAGGCUAUAUUACUCUGUCUUCUAUAUAUGCUCCAAUGAGAAAUAUAAAUGUAAUUUAGGGAGUUCUUGUCUAAUUUUUAUCAUAUAUAGGGGAUAAAAUCAGCACAGGUAAACAAAACAUAUGAUUCCAGCUAUCAUGUGCCCUACUUGAAUAUAUAAUAGCUUAGUACUCCCAUGUACAAAAAAAUCCUUUAUUUUCAUUUGGGACAGAGCGAUCCAAUAUGGCUGGUUAUCAAGAUCUCAGCUGAGUUUUGUAGAGAUCCGUAUUGGCAUCAAAAUGUCUCCCUGAGUCCAAUUUAAAAAGAAUAACAUUUUACUGUCCAUUGAAGUGCUCUCCAUGGAGUUAUUGUUGGGUGGGAGGAUGUUGGGAAGACCCAAAAUAGCAACUGGUGGGGAAAUGCGAUGUGCUAACCUCAUGUUGCUGUGAGUGCUACUUUUUAACCAAGCCACUUUAUUUAUGUUAACAUUUCUUACAACCACAUUUACUAUGUCAUUUUUUUAAAUUUUUUUGAGUUUACUGGAACUUAAAGGGGACGUGUCACAGCUGUAGUCAUGCAGCUAAGAUGUGGUGGAUGUUCAAUAAAACUGUUUACAAAAAGGACAGUAAAA